AUUAGAACCAAAAUGCCGCGUAACUUCCAAUUCGUCACCAUCUCUAACCCAACAGAGCCUGUCCCCUCUCAUGUCCGGAGCUUAACUCGCUCCCAUGCGGUUCGGCAAAGACAUGCCAAGGAGAGAAGACUACGAAUGCAGAAACACCAGGAAGACAUGUCCAGAAAUGCGGAGAGAACUUCUUUGAACAAGCUCCUUGGCUAUGGCCGUGAUCCAUUUGACGCCCUUCCGAAACAACUCUUGUCUCAUGAGAACUUUCUUCUCGACCAUUAUGUCCGUGUCGUCGUUCCACAUAACGUCAAGACAUGCCGUCUCUUUAACCAGAUGAAAGACCAUGAAGCAAAAGUAAUGCGCGAUUGGGUCGGUCUCGCCAUUACAGACAGCGAUCUUCUAUGCUCCAUAAUUUUCCUUGGCGCAUGCCGUCACAUCCUCAUCAGCAAUCCCAAGUCUGGUUUGACUCAGGUCGCAUUACAGUACAAAUACAACGGCCUCAAGGCACUGCGCCAUGCUGUUAGUGGUGCUUCACCGACUGUUAGUGAGUUGACUAUUGCAAAAGCUUGUGCUAUGGCUUUGGAUGAGUCUUCUCUGCAAUUUCGUAUCAGUGGUCCUAACGGUUGUAGAGAAUGCCGGCACCGAGAAUAUGACCAACAACACAUAUCAGUUCAGGCCAUUCACAAGAUCAUUUCUAUUCUUUUGGUUUCGGUGAGCAUGUUUCCCUCAUUAUCAAGCAUCAGCUGGUUUUCUAUCACCAUGUCUUCACCUCCAACUGCCAUUCCCACCGGCUCCUGGGUCCUCGUCACAGGUGCUACAGGCUUUGUCGCCAGCCACGUUACCCGUCAGCUUCUCCAGCGAGGCUACAAGGUCCGAGGCACAGUUCGUGACCAAGCCAAAGCCCGAUGGCUCAUUGAUGAUCACUUCAAGUCUUAUGUCGACAGUGGCUCCUAUGAGCUCGUCACUGUUCCUGAUCUAUCUGCUGCUGGAGCUUUUGACGAGGCAGUAAAGGGUGUCUCGGCCGUUGCUCACAUCGCAAGUGUCCUUGACUUUGAUCCCAACCCCAACAAUGUCGUUCCCCAGACUGUCGCGGGAGUAACCUCUGUCCUCGAAAGUGCAUCCAAAGAGUCAUCUGUCACCCGCUUUGUCUUCACUAGCUCCAUCGUCGCAGCAGUCUUCCCUACGGCUGACCAAGACGGUGUCGUCGACCGCAAUUCGUGGAACGAAUUUGCUGUCAAAGAGGCCUGGGCUCCUCCGCCUUAUGAGCCCUCGCGUGCAAUGCUAGUCUAUGCUGCUAGUAAGGUCGCUGCAGAACAAGCACUAUGGAAAUACGUCGACGAGAACAAGCCCCAGUUUGUGACCAAUGUCGUCAGCCCUUCAGGUAUCUUGGGCGAGCCGCUUCACGAGAGACAUGCAACUUCAUAUGGGAACUGGAUCUAUUCUCUCUUCACCGAGAAGAGGGAGAUGAUUGACACGUUCCAAACCGCAUUCUUUGUCGAUGUCCAAGAUGUCGCCCUCAUCCACGUCGCUGCCCUCCUGGAUCCCGACGUCAAGGAUGCGCGCCUCCAGACGUGGGGCCACAAAGCUCACUGGAACGAUUUCUUGCCCAUUCUGCGGGAGCUUCGACCGCAGAGAAAGUUUAUUCCUGAUUACCCUGAGACGUUCUACCUCAAGCUCUCGACUGACCAGUCUGAGUCCGUUGCUCUCUUGAAGAAGUGGGCUGGUCAGGAUGGCUGGAAGCCUCUGAGGCAAAUCAUUGCAGAGGCCAUCAACAACCCCUGCUGGAAGACUGAGUAG